AAGAGCCAUAGAACAUGGUGGUAAGUGUGCGAGUGAGAGGUCAAGAACUUAUUCCAAUUCCGGUUAGUAAUAACUCUUAUCCAAACCCUAACCCUUUCUUCUUCUUCGUCUCCAUGCGCUCUACAUUCACACUCUUUCGCUCUCUCACGCUUUCCCACUCUCUCCCCAGUCUCAACCGUCUCACGCUCUCUUCUCCCGUCCUCACGCGCCACCGCCAGUUCCCACGCCUUUCCGUCAGCGUCGAGCCGCAGCAGGCGGUUCGCGACUCCUCGGAAGAAGAAGAGCUGCCGGAAAAUGAGGAUUUUCACUUCGACAGGUUUUCUUCGGCGGCGGCGACGGCGGACUUGAAGAAGCUGCCGAGUCCGGAGGUGGAAGUGAAGGAGUUGAGCGAGUUGCCGGAGCAGUGGCGGAGGGCGAGGGUGGCGUGGCUGUGCAAGGAGCUGCCGGCGCAUAAGGCGGGGACUCUGGUGAGGAUAUUGAAUGCGCAGAAGAAGUGGAUGAGGCAAGAAGACGCCACCUAUGUCAUCGUGCAUUGCUUGCGUAUUCGAGAGAAUGAGUCUGGGUUUAGGGUAUACAAGUGGAUGAUGCAACAGAGUUGGUAUCGAUUUGAUUUUGCUCUUUCUACCAAACUAGCAGAUUACAUGGGUAAAGAGCGAAAGUUUUCAAAGUGCCGUGAGGUAUUUGAUGAUAUUAUCGAUCAAGGCCGUGUUCCUAGUGAGUCAACAUUCCAUAUAUUAAUUGUUGCUUAUCUCAGUGCCCCGGUUCAAGGUUGUUUGGAUGAAGCGUGCAGCGUUUACAAUCGUAUGAUUCAGUUGGGUGGUUACCAGCCCCGUCUUAGCUUGCAUAAUUCCCUCUUCAAAGCUCUCAUAAGCAAACCAGGGAUCUCGUCAAUGCAUUACCUUAAGCAAGCUGAGUUUGUAUAUCAUCAAUUGGUUACAACUGGACUUGAUAUACAUAAAGAUAUUUAUGGGGGUCUAAUUUGGCUACAUAGCUAUCAGGAUUCCAUAGAUAAAGAAAGAAUAGCAGACUUGAGGGAAGAGAUGCUACAUGCAGGAAUUGAAGAGGGCAGAGAGGUGCUAAUAUCCAUCUUGAGGGCUUGCGCAAAGGAGGGGGAGGUGGAGGAGGCAGAGAAAACUUGGUUCAAACUUCUCCAGUUUGAAAGCAAUCCCCCAUCACCGGCAUUUGUGUAUAAAAUGGAAGUCUACUCAAAGGUUGGCAUGCCUAUAAAGUCUUUGGAGAUAUUUAGGGAAAUGCAGUUGAAACUAGGUAAAACAAGUGUUCCAGCAUAUAAUAAAAUAAUAGAGAUACUAUGCAAAGCACAAGAAACAGAAUUUGCAGAGUCAAUCAUGACAGAUUUUGUUAAGAGUGGUCUGGAGCCCCUUACACCAUCCUAUUUUUAUUUACUAAACAUGUACUUCAAUUUGGAAUUACAUGAUAAAUUGGAAGAGACAUUCUCCCAGUGCCUGGAGAAAUGUCGUCCUAAUUGUACUAUAUAUAGUAUAUAUUUGGAUUCUUUGGUGAAAGUUGGUAAUAUUGACAAGGCCGAGGAUAUCUUUAACCAAAUGAAUCGUGAUGGGACUAUUGGUGUUAAUGCUCGAUCGUGUAACAUCAUUCUAAGUGGAUACCUCUCUUCGGGAAAUCACUUAAAGGCAGAGAAGAUCUAUGACUUUAUGUGCCUAAAAAGGUAUGAAAUUGAAACCCCAUUAAUGGAAAAGCUUGACUAUAUCCUGAGCUUGAGGAGGAAAGUUGUUAAAAAACCAAUAAGCCUGAAGCUAAGCAAAGAGCAGAGGGAAAUAUUAAUUGGGUUGCUUUUAGGUGGUUUGCAGAUUGAUUCCGAUGACCACAGGAAGAAUCACAUUAUACGUUUUGAUUUUGAUGGCAAUUCCCACAGCCAUCAUGUCCUGAAGAGUCAUUUACAUCGCCAGUUUUAUGAGUGGCUGCAUCCUUCUUGUAAGCCGAGUGAUGACAGUGAGAACAUACCAGAUAAGUUUUGCAGCAUUGUGAGCUCUCAUUUUGGCUUUUACGCAGAUCAAUUUUGGACAAAAGGUCAACCUACAAUUCCAAAACUAAUACAUAGGUGGUUGUCACCGUGUGUUCUUGCAUACUGGUACAUGUAUGGGGGGCAUCGGAAUUCAUCAGGGGAUAUUUUACUGAAGAUAAAGGGAAGUCGUGAGGGUGUUGAGAUCAUUGUCAAAAGGUUUAAAGCCAUGUCCAUGGAUUGUAAAGUCAAGAGAAAAGGAAGGGUAUUUUGGAUUGGUAUUCUCGGGAGCCAUUCAACUUGGUUCUGGAAAUUGGUUGAGCCAUAUGUUUUAGAAGAUGUAAACUAUUUUCCUGAAGCAGGGGAUCAGACAUUGGUGCAAGAAUCUAUGGCAACUCAAGACAUUAACUUCAAUAGUGAUUCAGAUGAAUGAAAAAGGAUGAUGCUACAUUGAUGGUCAUGGUUUAUAGGAGUUUGCCUGGUCAGAUUAUGCUUUUACACCUGUGGCUUGAACAUGUUUGAUAUCUGUCCAGUGAUUCUUUUUACCGAAGCGGCUGCUAUGGUUGCAAAUUGAAGGCUUUCUUUAAUAUUUUGGUAACCAUCCUCUGAAAUAUUCGUAGUUGUAUAUUUCUAAUGUCCAAUGCAUAGAGAAUUAGAGAGUAGUCACUACUGUAUUAUCGAGUUAAUUUGCAUAAAGAAUUAAAAGUACUGUUAUUCUACAUAUUGAGUUAUGCUUUCUUUCAAAUGGGUUGUGGC